AGGUAACGUCUUAAUGGAAUAACUAGAUACGAUGGUUUGUUAAAAAAGAUAAGUUCUACAAUGCCUGAGCUGCAGGGAUCUGAUCAGGAAGAUAUUAAGGUAGCACUAAGAAAACUCAGGAAAAGAUUACGACAGAUUGAGUCCCUGGAGAAGCUAACUCGUCCUUUGACAUCCGAGGAGAUUGAAAAAUCUUUAAAUCUCAGGUUAAGAGUAAAAAGAAUUGUCGAGAAUCACUUCAAAAUUUUGUUAAGCUUGCAGAGGACUUUGAUGUUUCUAUGACAGAAUUUACAUCAGAAAGUGGACAGAUAACUUCUCAUAAUGAUCUUCAAAUUACUCCAUCAUCAGUUCAAAAUAGUGAACAAAAUGGAAACACAAAUGCAAUUCUAAUCAGUGUGCCUAACCUAGAGCUCUCAGAAGGUGAUCAUAUUGAAGCAGAGAUAAACAAUGAUUUCAUAGAAGUUCAAAAUCAGAAGGGAAAUGAUGCAGUAAAAACAGAAAAUGAAGCUGAUGUGAAUGGUCCAUCAGAACAGCUCUCAAAAGGUGAUAUUGAAGCAGUGAUGCACCAUAAUUUCAUAGAUGUACAGAAUCAGAAGGAAAAUGAUGCAGUGAAAACAGAAAAUGAAGCUGAUGCAAAUGGUCCAUCAGAACAACGAAAACGAAAGAGGGGGCCUUCAAAGAAAUUAGAGAGACAAAAGUUUAUUGAAACAAAAAGUAAGUGGAGCAAAUCCAGGUUUUGCUUUUUGGACGGCCAUAACGACAAAGUUUGUUCUUUGGCCUCAAACAAAGAAACGCUUGUGUCUGCCAGCAAGGAUACAACUUGUAAGGUAUGGGAUAAACAUGGAAAAAAGCUACAUACAUUGGGGGAUCACACCUCCACAGUAACAGGGGUGUUUCUUCUUGAAGAUAAGAUCUGCACAAUUUCAUAUGAUUGUAAGCUUCGAAUGUGGGACACAAAGUCUGGAAAGCUAGAGCAUUCUCACUAUCUUUUCUCUCCCAUAACUUGUGCAGUGAUAUUUGGUAAAAUGGCUCUGAUUGGAACUGGAGGUGGAAAAAUCAUGUAUUACUGCACAGAAACAUUAGCUGUUAAAUGGGAAACUGUUGGACACCUUGAAAGUGUAUUAUCACUUGCUCUUAACGAGAAAUUAGUAGUAUCAGCUUCACUUGUUCCAGACUUAUGUGUGUGGAAAAUCUCCAAGGAUCUUCUAUCAGUAUCAACAGUCCCAAUGACAAUUCCUGUGACGCGUCCAGUAAGAUGUAUGAUCUUACACAAUGAGAAGCUAUAUUUUGGAGACGACGGUGUAAAUAUUAAAGUAUUUCACUUCAAUUCGGAGAACAUGGAUAAACUUAAAAACCACGACACUGAUCACGGAAGCACAGAUUCUAUGCUGAUUUACAAGAAUUGCUACCUGGUUUCAAGUUCUUACAAUCUGGAUUCUGGCAAAUCAUCCAUAAAUUUUCGGUUGUUGGAAGAUCACAGCUAUCUGUUCACUGUGAGAUGUCCUGUUUACAAUCCCAUCACAUGCAUGUCAUGUGAUCCGUCAAGUAGUUCAGAUGAAACUCUCGAGUUGUUUUGUGGUGGAUUCGAGCUAGGAGUUAUUCAACCGAUCAGGGAUCAGAGUGCUGAAUAUUACGAGAUAGAGGAGGUUAAAGUAGUACAACUAGAAGCAUUGCGAGACAGAUUUGUAGACAGCUUAUCAGAAGCCUUUUCUAGUGACGAAGAAGAAGUGCAUUCUAAGGCACAAAGAAGGGAGAGUGAUGUUGCAGACGAACCAGGAGCGCCGGGGUCCUGGUGUUCAAUAUCUUGAAUUUACUGAGACAUUAUGUUUUUACCCAAGAUCUGCUUAUCAUUACAUUUAAAGAAAUUACGGCCAGAAGAUUUAUAUUUAAGAUUUAUUUGAGAUUUGAGGGUAGUAAGAGCUCACUAGGACAUUUUUUAGAUUAAGUUUUGUUAAAGUUGUUUUAAUUUUGAAAUUAAAGUUAUUGUUAUGGUAGUAAUAAUGCUAAGUAAAUAUCUAUUCGUCAUUUUAUA